CAUUCGUUUUUCCCAUACAUUCCAUUUGCUAUUUCGAGAGAGUUUUAUUUUUGACCUCUUUGUCGAUUGAACGACAAUAAAUUUGUUGGGUGUAAAUCAUUUUUAUUUUUCGAUACCAAUAUACAUAUAUAGAUACUUUAGUGAAUCUCUCUUACUCAUCAUGGAUGCACAAGCACAACAACCGCAAGAACAACAACAAACAUCAACAAAAGUGUUUACAGUUGUUGAAACCAGACAUUUAUUGAAAAUACUAAUGAAUCCGAAAACUUUGGCGAUGUUCAAAGAUAAUAAACAGUCACAUGCCUUCGUUUGGAAUUACAUCUUUAAGUGUAUGAAAAUUAAAUUUCCGAAAUUCGCCAAAAGCACAAGACAGUGUUACAAAAAAUAUGAGAAUUUAAAAGGAAAAUAUUUUGAAAUAAAGCGCGCACAAAUGAAUGGCGAACAGCGACCGUAUUGGUUAUAUUAUAAUGAAAUGGACUACAUUAUAAGCCAUUUUCCCGGACAUCGGCCGCGAAUAAAUAUUGAGGCCAGUAAUUCAGCAACAUCAACUCCAAACGCAUCAAAUACACCAAUUGACAGUGCAAACAAUGCAAACACAUCAAAUAAUUCAGAUUUCUCGGAUAUUAAGCCGGUACGGUCUUCAUUGUCUGCCACCAACAUGGAUUCAAAUGAUGCAAUAUUAACACCGUUUAUACCGAAGAAAAUUCAACUUUUAACCUUAAUCCGAAACACAAAACCAGCCGAUUUUGAGAAGAAAAGUGAUGGUUGGGAAUUGGUAUUGAAAAAAGCACAAAGCAAAGGACUAUAUCCAUUGAAUAAAACUUGGUUAGAUUUUUAUUACGAAAUAUGGAUUUCAAAUGUAGAUGAUACCAUUUCCAAGUGGGAAGGUUUCAGUACUGGCACACGGAUGGUUCGUUAUGAUGAAGCAGACAAAAUCAUGUUUGAUAUACUUAAAGAUGACUGGAAUGAAUUUGGCAACAAUUCAAAUUCAUCGAUUCGAAUACCAACACUUCGCACAUUGCCCGGCUACAUAGAAAAAUUAAAAGAUUUGCGACAAGAUAACAUAGUAUUAGAGGAGAUUGACAACAUUCUUCCCGAAAGGACUGACACUGAAUCGUCGAGGGAGGCACAUUUUGUGAACAAUACGUCGAAUAAAAGCAAUCGUUUAGAGAACGGUCACUGUUUUACCGAGCCAAUACACCAUCAGUCUUCGCCGGCCACAGUGCCGAGUCUAUUAAAUGCCCAUGAAUCGCCGCUCACUCAUUACAGACAACAAGCGUUACAAUUGAAAAAUCAAUUCAUCAAAACAAAAAUGUCGGCUUAUGUUGAGAAGCAUAAUCGAAAAUGUUACAAAAUGGAUUUGGAAUUGUAUAAAAUCGAAAAAGAAUUGGGAUUACCGCCGUCGGAAUUCACACAAAAAUUCUCACAACAACAACAACAACAACAAAUUGUCACUGAUCAUACAUCAAACCCGAAUCUCAAUCUACCAAUACCGUCGAUGCAUCCACAUCCACAACAACAACAACCACAAACGCAACAAAUAAUCAGCAACAAUUUACCAAAUACCGGACCACAAAUACAAACGGUAAAUGGUGGCGGCGCCAAUGCAAAUGCCGUACACAGCCUAAAUGAAACAUUUUUCAAUGUUGACAUCAAACGAGAAAUGAACUUUGACGAUGGCGGAAAUUUUGACUUUGUCUAGUAAUAAGAAUCUAUAUGAAAAAAAGAUAUAGCAUUUUAAGACAAAAAGAUUAUUCGAUGAGAUUUUGCUUCCAAAUUCACUUUAUAAAAGUAUUUUUCAUUAAACUUCAUUUUCUUUCUAUCUUGUAAGAUCCAAAUUGAAUUUUAUUUCUUUUUUCAAUAAAACUGAAAAUUGAAGUAUGUAUAAAUUUCGGCCU